ACUCAAAUACUAUAGUAACAGGGGACUGCGAUACCCCACUUUUGGCACUGGACAGAUCAACCAGACAGAAAAUCAACAAAGAAACAACAGAGCUAAUUGACACUAUAGACCAAAUAGACCUAGUAGAUAUCUACAGAGCCUUCUACCCCACAACCACAGAGUACAUAUAUUUCUCCCUGGUGCACAGAACUUUCUCUAGGAUUGACCAUAUGCUAUGCCAAAAGAGGAGUCUCAGUAAAUUCAAAAAAAUUGAAAUCAUACCAUGCAUCCUCUCAGACAACAAUGCAAUGAAGCUGGAAAUCAACAACUCAAGAAUCGCUGCAUCAUAUGCAAACACAUGGAGAAUGAACAACAUGAUUCUGAAUGAGCAGUGGGUCAUAGAAGAAAUCAAAUGAGAAAUCAAAAAAUUUCUAGAAACAAAUGAAAAUGACAAUAGAACAUCAAAAUUUGUGGGAUACAGCAAAAGCAGUGUUAAGAGGAAGGUUUACAGCAAUUGGUGUCUACAUCAAGAAACUGGAAAGGCACCAAAUAAAUGAACUCUCCACACACCUCAAGGAUCUAGAACAACAACAGCAAACCAAACCCAAAUCCAGUAGAAGAACACAAGUCUUCUUCCAACCAUGGUGGUACUAUGGAGGCACAGCCAGCCUCCAGCAUUCCACGAGGACCCUAUCCUUCACAUCCACAUGGAGAAACGUGCACACUGCCUGAGUGAGCACUUGUUGCUGGCUUUCUUUGCAAUCCAAUGUCUUUGCCAUGGUCUUUGUUGGCAGAUAAACCCUGCGCUUGGGGAUGCUAAGUCAGGUGAUCCUACUGCCCUGUUGUGCUCCUCAUUCUCACUGGUUCUAUUUCUGCAGGUUACACCAAUAUGGCGGAGUUCUCGUGGUCCCCUCCCACUCUACUAUCUGCAUCCUUGACCUCGGUUAUGUCACAUCAGGACUGGGGUGUUUUAUCCAAGGAUGAGGCUGUGAAGAUUGAGAAAGACUUAGAAGAUGGGAACUUGCUGAAGGUGGUCUCUGACAUGAGGCGGCCUCUGGAGCUGGUGUCCCAGACGCCAGUCAACAUCGCGGUGACAGGAGAAUCUGGCAAUGGCAUGUCCACCUUCAUCAAUGCGCUUCGUGAGAUAGGACACGAGGAGGAGGCCUCAGCACCCACGGGGGUGGUCACAACUACCGAAACCCGUGCUGCCUAUUCAUCCCCCCUGUUUCCAAAGGCUGUGCUGUGGGACCUGCCUGGCACAGGGGUGGCUACUGAUACCUUGCAGGAGUAUCAUGUGGAAAUGCAGUUCAGCCAGUACGACCUCUUCAUCAUCAUCGCGUCCCAGCAGUUCAGCAUGAAUCACGUGAUGCUCGCCAAAACCAUCGCGGACAUGGGAAAGAAGUUCUACAUUGUCUGGACCAAGCUGGACCUGGACCUCAGCUCAAGCACCCUCCCAGGGUGUGAGCUACAACAGACCAUCAAAAACCACAUCUUGAGAAGUCUCCAGAAGCAGCGAGUGUGCGAACCCCCCAUAUUCCUGGUUUCCAGCCUUAAACCUUCUUCACACGACUUCCCAGGUCUCAGAGACACAUUGCAAAGGGACCUGUCCCGAGUCAGAUGCGAUGGCCCUCUUCAACACCUCAUGCAUGCCUGCGAGAAGAUCAUCAGCCACAGAGUGGCCUCCAUGCAGUGGAAAAUUACUCUACAACCUCUGCAAGGCUUCCUGGGCUUCUGGUAUGCAGAUGACUUGGCCGAGUGUCUGGAAGCCUACCGAUCAGUGUUUGGUGUAAACGGUGAAACUCUCAGGGGGUAUGAGCAGAGCAAGAGGAGCACGCUCACAAACUACAGGAGCGUCAUGAGGUCCCACGAUGUGCAGCGUGUCCGCUGGAGGGACUGGAAACUCUGGGCCAUGACCUUUGUAGUCACGAAGAUGUUCUUCUUCUGUCUUAGCUUGUGCCCAGGCUUACGCACCUGUGUCAUUCCAUACUUUAGACAGAUGAAACAUAGACGCUGCCUCAAGAUAGUUGCCGAGGAAACGAAGACAGUCCUGGGUAAAAUGCUGAGAGACUCUGUCAUGGCCUGCGACACUCAGUGUGGGAAAAAGCUUCCAGCAGAUCCAGCAGGCUCUCUCUCAGGUGGCCCUAAGAACUGAGGGGUGGGGGCGUCCUCUUCUCACCGCCCCUAGCUGAUAGAUUUAGAUGAAUAUUUUCUUCUGUGUUUCAGUGUUACAAAUUCCUUAAGAAUCGUGAUGGGGGCCUGCGCCAUGGCGUGGCAGGGAAAGCCACUGUCGGCAGCACUGUCAUCCCAUUUGGGUGCUGAUUUGAGACCUGGCUGCUCCAUGUUCAAUCCAGCUCCCUACUAAUGUACCUGGGAAAGCAGCAGAAGAUGUAUCAAGUGCUUGAGCCCCUGCAUCCACGUUGGAGGCCUGAGGAAGCUCCUGGUUCUUGGCUUCAGUCUGGCCCAGCCCUUGCCAUUGCGGCCAUUUGGGGAGUGAACCAGCUGAUGGAAGAUUCUCUCUCUCUCUCUCUCUCUCUCUCUCUCUCUUUCUGCCUCUCCCUUGCAGUAACUCUGCCUUUCAAACAAAUAAGUAAGUCUUAAAAAAUGAUGCAUGAUGAAAAAAUGAUGCAUGAUGAAAAGCACUCAUCUCGCUAGCACAAACCAUAAUGUGCCAUUUCUCCGGGGAGGAAUUCUGUUGUUGUGCAUGAAAGCAUUAAGUCAGGUUCUCAGAACCACAGAUUGAAAUUGUGCCUUCCACUGCAAAGUGCCCUGCAUGUCCAAACCAGUGUCUUUCCCACCUCUGACGUCAUUAAAGCUGGCAUCAUUCCUCUUCAUAAA